AGCUCAUUUUGGUGAACAGCUCCGAACCGAUCAGCUCACCAAAGUGAAUCGAUUCGAUGUAUCAGCUCAUCAGCUCUUUUAGUUUAAACUUAAGGUUCAUUUUGUGCGCCGUUUUUCUUAUGCACCGGUUUUCUUUCAUAUGCAUGAUCGAAAUUGAAUCAUUGAUUUGCAAUGAUGCAAUGAAUGCAAUGCGAAUUAACUUAUCUUUAAUUGAUGUCGACUAAAUUGAAUCUCUUAAAGAGCCGAAGAUCCGAUCAGCUCGUAGCGUGUUCCCUUCGUCAUAGUGCAGUGAACUGGGUAGCAAAUGAGUGAGCUGGUGAGCUGCGGUUCUUUUGAAAAGAGCUGUGAGCUGUCAGCUCACUUCAAUGAUUCGAUUCACUGGAACAGCUCAGGAGCGAAUUGCCCAUCUCUAGUUUAGUGUAACAAGUAAACUAGAAAGUAUUACUGUGAUUAUUGACUCUCAUAAAAAGUUAAACAUUCGCCACAUUCACUGACAAUGGCUGCAAAUCGCGAGCGACGUGCUAAUGCUGGUAAUCGAAUAGCUAAGCUGUUAGAUGACGAAGAAGAGGAUGAAUUCUAUAAAACAUCCUAUGGUGGUUUCAAUGAGACUGCGGACGAUAAAGAAUAUAUUCAGAAAAAUGAUGAUGAAGAUGACAUCGUUGACUCAGAUUUUAGCAUUGACGAAAAUGAUGAACCAGUAUCAGACCAGGAAGAAGAUGCAGCUCCAAAACGCAGAAAAAAGGUUAUAACAAAAGCCUAUAAGGAACCUUCAGCAAAGAAGAAAUCCACUAAAACCAUUAAAAUUAAACCUAGAACUGAGCGACAAAGGUCGCCUAAGAAGAGAGAAAAAAGUACAUACACGGUUCAUGAUUCGGGACGGAAAUCUUUCCGCAAAUCGACGGCUGCAAAGUCAGCUGCUACUCUCAACCGCAUGAAGCAACGAGUGGAAGCGGAAAAGCGUAAACCGAAAGUUGUUAAAGUAGAAGAGUAUAUCCCAACGCAAGAGGAACUUUUAGAUGAGGCCAAGAUCACCGAGAAGGAUAAUCUAAAAUCACUUGAGAAAUUUCGGCGAAUGGAAUUGGAGAAAAAGAAAACUCGCCCUACGAAGCGAAUUUUCACAGGACCCAUAUUAAGAUAUCGAUCGCUAACUAUGCCGUUGGUAGAGGAUGCGUCACCAACCAAAAACAAUUCAUCCGAUUCUUCGUUAAAAAUGGAAACAGAUGAAACCGAAGAAGAUCCUGAAAAAUGCAAAGAGAGACAACCAAAGAAAGGAAGGAAAUCCCUUCCAAAAGUAGAAGUAACAGGUCGUUGCGAAAGAACUUUUAUCACGUUCGAAAAUGACAUAGAUGAUGCAUUGUUUAGCAGUUAUUUCCCCAAACCACAGAAGAGGGAACGACGAAGUCAAAUUUGCGCAAUUACUCGACUCCCUGCCAGAUAUUUUGAUCCUAUUACUCAGCUUCCGUAUCGUAACUUGCAAGCUUUCAAGAUUCUGCGAGAAGCAUAUUACCAGCAAGUCGAAGACCGAGGAAAUCCAGACAAUCCUGAGGUGAGCAAAUGGUUAGAGUGGCGUAAAAAGAUCAAGGAAUACCGAUUAAAGAGCUUGAGCAAAAAUAGUUCGAUACUUGGAAUGAUAUCUGCUGCAGGAAAUUCGUAGACUUAUCGUGUCGGUAGGCAACUAUUUUUUAAUAUUGUACAUUAAAGGUUUAAUAAAUUACUUAAGGAUGAAAGCGAAAAAAAAGUUCUACAGAAUUGUCACCAUAAUUCACUGCCAAUAGAA